AAAAGGGUUUAUGCUAUCUGACCAAAACGUUUGUAACUUUCAUGAAUUACAAAUAUUUUAACACGCUGUCAUCUAAGGGAAAUCACUCUACUAGACUUAAGCCACGGAAGCAGAAUGAGGAUGUUGAGUGCACUUGUGGUUGUUGCGUUAUGUUUUGUUGGCUCUAACCUGGCUGAUGAUGAUGGUGAAGCAAGGCUCCUGGCCUCCAAGAACAUCCUCAACCAGUAUUUGGUUGAACAGAAAGACUUGACUGUCGAAUACAAGAUCUUCAACAUUGGUGGCAGUGCUGCUCAAAAUGUUAAACUUACUGAUGACAGUUUUCCUGAGGCUGAUUUCGAAGUUGUCGCUGGAAAUUUAAAGGCAUCCUGGGAACGAAUUGCUCCUAACACAAAUGUAUCACAUGUGGUGGUUCUACGCCCUCUUAAAUCCGGUUACUUUAAUUUCACGGCUGCGGAAGUGAGCUAUUCUUCAGGAGACAAUGCAGGAACUGUUCAGACUGGUUACACAAGUGCUCCAGGAGAGGGUGGUAUUGUUGACUUCAAAGAAUUCAACAGGAGAUUUUCACCACACAUUGUUGACUGGUGUGUGUUCGCGUUCAUGACUCUGCCUUCCCUUGGCAUCCCGUUCCUGCUGUGGUGGUCGAGCAAGGCAAAAUACGACACCGCCAAACCAAAGAGGAGUUAACUACCACCAAACAUAACAUACAUUCUGUCAUUCACCUGUGUUAUUUAGGAAUUAUUUUCAGUUAAGUAUUGAAAUGCUUGGUUUACCUUUUCAGCGGAACAUCUUAUUUUCUUACAUUGUAUAAGAACACAAAACAGUUAUAUUAAUUUGUUAUUGUUGUAAUGGAAAUAAUGAUAUUCAUUGAAAACAUAUCAUUAACAAGUUUCAGACAGGUUAAGUUUUCCAUAACAUAUGUAAAGUGUAAAUUAAUUAAACAUCACUCAGGUUUUUUAUAUUUUUGCCACCAAAUUGAGGCAUACAGUACAAGUAAUCACAUUGUCCUGUUAUGAGACUGGGAUUUCGUGUGUCUCGAACAGUUAAGGUGGUAGAGAUCAGAGAAUCUAUUGUAAUCAUUCCAUUUCAAGUGACAAUAUAAUUGAUAUUUUUCUGUAUGAAACAGUGUUUCUCUGUUGUCUCCUGGGUAUUUCAUUACCAUUUAUGAAAAUUAAAAAAUCGUAAAAUUGGAACAGCACCAUGGGAGGUUGUGUCAUGUACCUUACGUUCUCCGCAUUGUUUGUCUCACUUUUGCACUAAAUGCCAUGUGUCUCGGCAAUCAAUUUCUUUUGUAACUUGAUAUUUCAUUAUUUUUUAAAGAAUUCUUCCAAGGAUUGUAGUAAAGAUAAUUGUGUAAAAUAAUUGCAUCCUUGACACUAAAAAGAGUUCAGAAAUAGCAAUAUUCCAGACAACACUUUAUUGAGUGGCAUUUGUCACUUUCCUAUAACAGCAUUUCUUGCAAUUAGCUUAUGAUACUGAAGCUAGCAUAGAUCUUAAGGAAUAAAAUUGUUUUGGGAUUUAUUUCAUCAUAUUCCAAUAUAAUUUUUUCUAGCCACUUCAUAGAUACAUAUGUACAUGUGAAAAAAGAAUGGCAGCUUCCGGUCGCCAUGGUUUUAAUGAUGAAAGUUUGAGAAUGUUAUUUAUAUGUUGUUUUUUCCAUAUAAGAUUUUAAAUGGUAUUGAAUGUAAAUUGCUGAAAAUGAGUGUUAAAAAAGUGCUGUAAUUUAGUUUAGUGGCCAAAGGUUGAGACGCUGAUAAAACCAACCAUACCCAACCAUACCGAGGGCCUAGCUCAAGACUGUUGUACCAUCUUCUAUUUCUAUAUUGAGAUACAGCCGUCUUGCACCAAGUCCUUGAUACGUUAAUUUUGAGUUUAAAUUGGGCUUUUAUAUUUACUAACAAAUUAAUCUGAUUCUGGAGACUUAUUCAAUAUUGUUCUUAUUCUUGAUAUUAGAGACGCCUCAGUGAUUCCAUUCAGUCCAUUGGUCAGUUAUUUUUACUGUCCAAUCAUAACACUCUUGAUAUUAGACACGCCUCAGUGAUUCCAUUCAGUCAAUUGGUCAGUUAUUUUUACUGUCCAGUCAUAACAUUUGGAUUAAAAUCUUAAAAUUAAAUAAAGUCUUUGGAGUUUAUUGAAUAUACCCACUGACCUUGAUUCAUAAAUAUAUAAUUAAUAUUGCACAGUAUAUUAGUCGGUGACACUCUGGACACUCAAGGCUUUUCCAUCAACUGUGUCCUUAAUUAUUAUUUUAUUAUCAGUUGAUUAGUGUGCACAAAUUUUUAUUCUUACAGAGGUCAUUAGGAUCAGGUUAAUUUGUCCAGUGUUCAUGUAUACUUGAUGGAUAUUGUAAGCAUGUAAAGGUCUCUUGCACUGAAACAAUGUUAAUAUGAAAUGUGUUUUAAUGUAAAUUAAACAUUUGAUAGGAUUUUACAAUUAAUAAAUGAUGUAAAGUGUA